GCGCCGCAUUUCGCGUUUCCUACGCUAAAUUAAGAUACUCAGACUCAUUUCAGGCAUAGAACUUGUUAAAUCAAUGAUAAAUAACCAUCUAUUACGUGUAUUAUACAGAAUUAGUUUAUUUUUAGUGAAUCUGUGAGUGAAUAAAAAGAGCGGGCAAAACCUGUGCAAGUGAUGAUUUACCGAGCUAUUUUUAGACAAUCUUGUAAAGGCGAUAAAAUACUUUUUAGUCGUAUGUAUAGUGUUAGUGUGUCAAUUUGAAUUUUCGAUGGAUUCUGUGUUCAAUAUAGUGUACCUAUUGUAAGAUUCAUUUCAAUAACGAAUGGAGGAAAAACUAUGCCGCGAAACUAGUUUGACAGCUCACCGGUGCACACACACGAACUUAGCGUUGCACACGUGUGCGUAAGGACUGAAGUGAUGUGAACUUCUUGUUGCUUAUCGAUUAUCAAGAUACUUUCAAGGACGCCUGUCAAUACUCCUUACUGUGUAUGCUAAAUGUUUAAGUCAAUAAAUAUAUUUUUAUGAAAUACAGACUUUAUCGAGUUAUUUAAUAAUUAAUUAAUAUGGAGACUUCUUUAAUUCAAAAUAAGGAUACAGAAAAUAUUCCGCAAAAGGAUGCAUCAACUUCGAAUACAAAUCAAACUUUUAUUCCUGAAAACUUAGACCUUCAGCUUCCUGAUGAUACUUUUCGGAUGAGCUUGGAUAAUUUUUCAAUUAUUGGUGAAAAUAUAACAUUGGGAGGUAGAGACACUUCAGUUGAUGACACACCAACUUCCAUUGGGACGCCAGUCCUGACUCUUCCUACGCCCAAUAUUGACUCUCCGGAGACUCCACUAACACCUCCCAUUGAAAAAUUUACACGUACACCAGAGUACUCGGAACAAUUUGCUGAUAAUGCUUCAAAAACACACAAACCACGAAACUUACAGCUGUCUCUUGUCAAAAAAGAUGAUACUGAGAUAUUUGUGAAACCAUCACCCGUAUCUGAGCUCAUGUCGCCAGCUCGAAUGCUACAGUUCGAAGUAGACAUUGCAACCAGUGCUACUCCUACAAUGAAACGGGCAGCUAUAGACUUUGAUUUCUUCAAUAAAAACAAUUUCGACGAGUAUUUCGAUGACUUACCACCAAAAGCCAAAGAUGAAGCGAAUGUUAACAAAUUAAACCAGGACACCAAGCCAUUUGAAGAGACACCGGUUAUUGUAAAGGCCAACACGGUUCGCCACGAAAUAGGUUACGGAGUAGUUUAAGUAUAAAAAACGUAGCUAGAUUAGCAUCACAAUCCAGAGCAAAGCAACAACUUCAACUUUUUUACGACGUUGGCCUUCCAAACUUCCGCGUCGUACAGUUGCCAUAGCCUUCAUGAUCGAUUAAUUAUCGCACAACCAUAAAAUUGGACGCAAUUUCGCAACCUACCCAAUCUAAUGAAUCCC